AUGUUGAUGCCAAAGGCUGACCGCAAGGCGAUCCACGAGUACCUCUUCCGUGAGGGUGUGCUCGUGGCUGCCAAGGACUACAACCUCGCUGAGCACCCCGAUAUUCCCAACGUCAAGAACCUCUACGUCAUCAAGGCUUGCCAGUCGCUCAACUCCCGUGGCCUGAUCAAGACCCGUUUCUCGUGGCAGUACUACUACUACACCCUCACCCCUGAGGGUCUCGACUACCUCCGCGAGUGGCUGCACCUGCCGGCCGAGAUCGUUCCUGCUACCCACAUCAAGCAGCAGCGAUCACAUGCGCCCCCGCGCGGUAUGAUGGGCGGCGAGGGUGAGCGUGAGCGGAGGCCUUUCGGCCGUGGCCGUGGUGGUGACCGUGGCGACCGCGGUGACCGUGAGGGUGGCUACCGCCGCCGUGAUGCCGGAGAGGGCAAGGAGGGUGGUGCGCCUGGCGAGUUCCAGCCUCAAUUCCGUGGUGGAUUUGGCCGUGGCCGUGGCGGUGCUCCCCCUUCAUAA